GGUACAAGGAGGCCAAAAUUCGAGCCGAACAAGCCGAGCAGCCUGAAGGUGAAAGCGUCAAGAUUGUUGAUAGUGAACAACCCGACGCGAGACCCGCAAACGCAUCGAACGUCCAUGAGAUGCCGCCCAUUCAGACAUCUGAAGGCGGCUCCCCUUCAAGCGAUUCACCGUCGGCCAGUCACAGUAGCGUGCCCCCUCCUGGCUCAGUGUCAGCACGCAGCACUGACCGUCCGACCUACUCGCCGCGGAAGAGCGAAGACGGUCGCAACAACGUUACGGGACGAAACGCCCUGGCUCGUACGCUCAGUCUGAGUUACAGUGCAAAAUCAUCGACGUCCUCGGCUAUCGAUACGAAAGCUAGCUCGCAUAGGGGAGACUUUGGUAUCAUUUCGAGACACCCGUCGAUGCACUCGGCACGCUCGCUCGUUUUUUCGGGCAAGAAGAAGAAGAACAUUGCCGCCAAGAUGGAGGGCUGGUGGUCUGCUGUCAAAAGUAACUUUGGAAACCAGCCGGAAGGUUCCUCUUUGUCAAACACUGACAGAUACGGCUCGGAGAGUCCCCGGCGACAUGCGCCGACUCCUCGAAAACUGCCAUCGGCGCCUUCGUCCAGACGAGGGAGCACGGCUCCAGUGGAUUCGCCAUCCCUGCCCUCGAAACGCGAGUCUGCAGUGCCCAAUCAAUCCCCAAGUCACCAGCUAUUGCGAGCAGCGACGUCUCAUACCAGCUUGCAACAACUGCAGCAAGAGGCGAUCGCUGCUUCCACAUCAGACACCGCGCCGAAACCAGACGGGAAGGAUGCAUCCUGUUCUGUAGGUGCUACGCAGGACGAGCUCUCCGGUGAUCUUCCGGGCGCGUUACCUGUCUCAGUCGCCAGACCCUUGCCGGUCUCGCGGCUGAGUUCUGAUCAGCAAUCGACCUUUGUAAAAGCUCCAGCGCCUAGCAGCCUCGAGGCACGUCGGCGGCAACCUCCACUAUCGCUCAAAUUGGAGAACAAUGUCUUGAUACCGCCACGCCUACACGGUCGUCAGAACAGCAACCUUUCCAGCGGAGCUUCCACCUCGAACUCGUCCGGCCGCGCGGCCUUUGCGUCGCAUGGCAGGCAAGAGUCGCACAUGUCUUCGGGUGUUUUCAGCACCGGAGUUCACACACCUAGCUUUCACCAUUGGGACCAGACACCCUCACCGCUCAUGUCACUCAAUGCGACGCGCCCCGAGGCGACUUAUGCUGAACAAGAGCUUGGAUCGAGCAUGACGGGUCCGAACAACACCGAGUUCACCCUGGCAUCGGUCAGGCGUCAUGUCAGACACCGGCUCACUGUAGCGAAAGAGGGAUGCGACCGAGAGCUGCGAUUCAUUGUCUCUGACAUCACGGCCUUUGUUGAAGAGCAUCUGCACCUUCCACCAGCGGUUGCCGAAUCUGACGCGGACGCUGAAGAGGUUCUGCAGGAUGUACGCUCAUCAUCUUACGGCCUUUCGCCGCGCACCGCUUAUUCGGAUCUGGAGGACGAGGCUGAUCUUAUGGACCGAGAAAUCGGUAUGCAUUCCCAAGUCGCUGCGAUGAUGAUUCCGCAAUCCGCUCAUGCGCGACGUAGCUCGAUCUCGCUAUCUGCUGCUACGAGUCCGAUCAAGCGUAGAGAGAUAGCCAAUCUGGUCGUAGCGCGUGACGAUCCCGCCAGUCCUGGUCGUCGACGUCGAUCUUCAGCGUUGUCUGCCAAGAAUGCACGAUCUGUCGAGUUGGGACAACGUUUAGGAAGGGUAUUGGCGACGACGGCAGAUCGUUCGGCCGCCAGCUCGCGAUCAAACUCGCGAUCGAGGUCGCCAAUGCCGACCGCUGGAUUCUUGUCGGGUCCCUUCGUCAAUACCGUGGACGAAGGUACCAAUACCAAGCUCGUCGAUGCUUUGCAAAAGAUCAUCGGGAUAGCUACAGAUGUCACGGAAACGGACGUUGAUAUCUUGAUUGCCAAACCUGCUGCCUGCAGGGACUUUAUCAGCCGGGUUUGGGAAGUCGGACAGAUCUGGGACAAGGAUCCCGAGGCUGAUGGAAGGUCGUGGUACAUUCGCCUCUUGCUGGCGGUGGCGGGACUGACUCGAGUAGUAGAGUGGUGGGAGGCGGAGAAGGGUUUCUGGAACUUUGAUGGCGAUGGAGACAACGAGCCACUGACUUUUGUGCUCAAGCCUGCACGAGAGGGAGAUACGGUCGGAACACCUCCCGUGCUUGCUAGGUUGACGAGUGAAGCUGGGUCUGGCAUGGGCACACCCGGCACAGUUUCCUCGAUAUCAGAUCAGCCGGAAGCGUCGCCAGAGUUGAAUCUCGACCAGGUGCUCAGAGACUCGCAAGUGACCGCUCGCCCUAGCGACGUGCCCGUACAGCUGCAAGCUGUCCAAGAUCUGCAGCUGCAGGCCGAGCACAACAAGAGCAUCAACAUCGUCCUGGAGUUGAGCCUUGGAGGAGAGCUGAUCGAAUGGGUCAAUCCAGCAUGGCACGAGAUCACUGGCUCCGAUCCAACCGACGCUGAAAACACUCCCAUCACAGCCUGGUUGGCCCCCGCUGACGUGGAUGUCCUGGCCAACGCUGGACGUCAGCUCGAGGCGGAUGAUAGUCACACAGCGCAGGCUAGAUUCCGUCUGCUUCGACUGAUGCAGACCGAUGAUGAGGAUGUCUCGCGCCUUCCCGGCCCGACCUACAUCGAGUGCGAAGGCAUCGGUAUGCUCAUGAGGGAUCGCGAUACCGGCGAGGCGUCACAUACAAUGUGGGUGAUCAAGCCUGUCGUUGUCAGUCAGACCAUGGACACGCCAAGCGAUGUUGGGGCCCCCACCCCUGCUCUGGAUUCGGGUGAAGAUUUGCUUUUCCCGACCAUCGCGACGAUGUCGGUUGCGAACGUCCUCUGCCGAAUAUGUGAGAGGCAGGUUCCGACCUGGUUCUUCGAGAAGCACAAUGAGACUUGCAACGAAGUACAUCGAUUGGAGGCCGACAUAUCAGCAGUCAAUGAAAAGGUUGCCGAAAUGAUAAACGUUGUUACCAAGAUCUUGAAAUCGCUCGAGAAUGGAGUGCCUGAUCAGCCCGCUCAGUACCAGGGUAUGAUCAUAUCGACCCGUACCAAAUCGAUACCGCAUCACGCAAUGGGGCCUGUGAUGUUGGCCGUGAGGCGCAUACAACAGAGUCAACUGGAAAAUGCGCACACCGCAUUAGGGUUAGCGAACGCUAUCUCAACCCCCAGCGUGAAGGACGAAGACUCGUCCAACUCGAUCAGCUAUCAGCAGCUCCUGUCGCCAGCCUCGGAGGAUCGGCUGACAUUCAUCGGCAGAUGGGUGAAGCCGGAGACCGACGAUCCGGCGUUACAAUUGCUCUUCGUCCACGUGGACGAAUUGAUUCGCCGUAAGCAGAUGACCGUCAACAGGAUGCGAAACACAAUCAUGUACGCAGAACGUGUCCGUCGAGAAUGGGAGGACAAGAUGGAUCGGAUGCUGUCCAUAGCAGAAGAGGAGGGCAGCGCCAGCGAUCAUAGUUCGAACGCCGAUGGCCAGGAAGCUGCGGCUCCGCAAGACCAGACGCCAGAGAACGCACUCAGCAUAUCGCCUUCCUCUGCCAAACGACGGGCCAUAGAUCCAAAAGCUCGUCUUCCGCCCACCACGACGACCAUGCAACGCCAGCAAAGUACUCACACAGUAGCAACCAUAGACGGUAUCGCUGCUGCUGACGAUCGUCUGCCUAUACCCAGUCCUUCUCCGAUUGUCAAGCCCCCGAAGCGAAUGUCGAACAGCCGGCGCUCAUCCGCGAAUCGGACACACAUGGAGCCACCCAUGUCUCCUCGGCUUCCGUCUGUUGCAUCGAUGGCCAGGACCGCGCCCACGUCUAUCAAGGACUUUGAUAUCAUCAAGCCGAUCAGCCGAGGCGCGUUCGGCUCUGUGUAUCUUGCGAAAAAGCGGACGACGGGCGAUUACUUUGCUAUCAAGGCGUUGAAGAAAUCGGACAUGAUAGCCAAAAACCAGAUCACCAAUGUCAAGGCGGAAAGAACGAUCCUCAUGAACCAGGCUAGUUCGCCCUACGUGGCCAAGCUCUACUUCUCGUUUCAGAACAAGGACUAUCUGUACCUGGUCAUGGAGUAUCUGAACGGUGGAGACUGCGCCGCCCUGAUCAAGACGUUGGGUGGCUUGCCGGAAGAAUGGGCUCGAAACUAUAUCGCCGAAGUCGUGUUGGGUCUGGAAUACCUACACGAUCGAGGCAUCGUGCAUCGGGAUCUUAAACCGGACAACCUCCUGAUCGACUCGAAAGGUCAUCUCAAAUUGACCGACUUUGGUCUAUCUCGUAUCGGUCUGCUCAACCGUCAGGUCGGAGGACCUCGUCCUGCGGUCUUGAGAGGAACCAGCCUGAAGAAGAUGAGGGGAUUGAUCAGAACCGGUUCACCACGAGCCGCUGCACUCUUGAGCGAGACGCCCUUGACGACUCCCGACUUUCUCCUGCCUCCUACCUCUUCAAAUCUUUCGCAAUCCUACUUUUCCAGUCAUUUGACGGACGGUGGCUCCGCAGACGAGUCGAGUGGUUCGGAAAGUUUCUCUGGCGCCUAUUCUCGAAGCCGAGAUCAGGGACGAGCGGCAUCCGCCCGAAACAGCGGGACGCACAAGCCUAGUGACGUGCCAAAGUUCGUCGGUACCCCUGAUUACCUGUGCCCAGAAAGCAUCUUGGGUAUCGGUUCGGACGCUCCAACGGUCGACUGGUGGGCUGUCGGUGUAGUCCUGUACGAGUUCAUCUACGGCUUCCCACCUUUUCAUGACGAGACUCCGGAAAAGGUCUUUGACAACAUUGUCUCUCGACGGAUCAACUGGUUCGAAGACCAGAUGGAACUAUCUUCGGAAGCGAGAGACUUGAUGGAACGCUUGAUGUGCACCGAUCCGGGACGCCGACUAGGAACGCACGGCGCAUGCGAGGUCAAGAGCCACCCAUUCUUCACCGGGCUCGACUGGCACACUAUCGCUACCGUGGAGGCCAACUUUGUGCCGAAUGUAACCGAUCCCGAGUCGACUGACUACUUUGACGCGCGAGGCGCAACCUCGGAGGUCUUCUUCGAGGACGAUACUCAAUCCAUUGAAAAGGCCGCAUCGAAAGAGAUCAGCUCGGAACCCACUGGCAAGCAGGCGAGCGGCCUGGACCAGCCGAUCGAUAUCGACAAUUUGGCUCCGCCCGGUGAUGCCGGUGAGGACUUUGGCACAUUCACUUACAAAAAUCUGCCUGUCCUGAAGCAAGCCAACGACGAGGUGAUCAAGAAGCUGAGGCGAGAAUCCAUGAUAGCCAGCGAACAAUUGGGGCCUCAUGAUCGUCGACUUGGUGUAGCGUUAGACCGCAAAAGAACCAAGAACCGGGCGGCAUCUGUGGCUGAAUACUGCCUUCCUCCAUCUCCGACGGCUUCGACCAGCUCAUCUGCAUCUCGAGCAAGCGUCAUGCCACAGACGCCGUCAUCUUCUGGACAGACGACUCAAGUCCGUCGCGUCUCCGACCAGCACCCUCUGAACAAGGUUCACAUCGCUUCCGGGCUGGAUUCGGAUGACAAGUGUUCAGGUACCGAAAGCGGGACCAGCUUUUCGUACGCCUCGCCUGGGCUCACGGACAAAGCUCGAUCUGUAUCCGGACAAAGCGGAGACUCGGCUUUGAACCAGAGGCGUACAUCCGAGGCCAAUAGUCUCACAGGAACUCGGGCUGUCGACGUAUUGAUCGCCGAAGACAAUCCCAUCAGUCAGAAAAUCUUGGAGACACUCUUGACCAGGAUGGGAUGUCGCUGUGUCUGCGUGAAUGACGGAGCGGAAGCGUUGGCGGCUUCGAUGGGUACCAUCCGCUUCGACAUUAUCAUCACCGACCUGGUCAUGCCGAACGUGACCGGCGAAGAAGUGGCAAGGAUGAUACGAUCAACCUCGAACCCGAACUUUGACACGCCGAUCAUCGCUGCGACGUCGUAUGAGCACAAGCAGCUCGCGGCCGUUACGGCGCAGAACACGGCCGAUCCUGGCGGAGUCGGGUCCCUGUUCAGCGCGGUCCUGGCCAAGCCAAUCACCAAACGCGAUUUGACGGACUGUCUAGCAAAACUCGGGUUCAGGUUGGGUCACUCCCAGACCGCAGAAGGGAAAGCGACCAAGCGGCUAGAGGGACCAUCGAUACGACUUGGAGCGCCGAUCGUGAUAUGAUGAUCGGCCACCUGGAGAACCCUCCGGUGAAAAGAUGGCCAGGCAAAAGGCCUCGCAACCCACCCUUCGUGGCUGCUACGUCUCGCACUGUUUUCAUGUCAUGCACAUUUGUGACUCUUGUUUCUUGCAUCUUUUACGACUACGCGACUGUAUAUCUGUACUCUGACGAUAUCUUGUAUCUCAUAAUAACGACUGUAGAAUAGUAUCGCAUAUUUCGGCUUUGUGA